AUUUGUUUUCUCAAAAAAUACGAUGUUACCCUGCACUAGGACUACCAAAUCAGUCGUCAACCAAGCUGAUUUCCCCAGUAUUCCAGAGGCUGAUUGUAUUGGUUCCCUCAACAAUUCAGCUGAUAAGUCUGCAGAAUCAUUUGAAAAAUCUGUCAAACUUGCUGAUAAUAAAUUUACACAAUCAGCUGAAAAUCUUACCCCAUCAGCUGACAAAGCCGCGAAAAAUUGUGAAGACGGUGAUUAUUUGCCAACACCUCCCAGCUUUUCAACUUUUCGUUGGAGACGACGCUCCACUGCAAGUCAUAUAAUCUUUAAAACAAGACUUUUAAUUUGUCGCAGAUUCAGUUUUGAUGUCGAGAAUGGAGCAAGUCCGAGCAAAUUUCCGAUGGAUGGUUCCUCUCCAGGUCUUGUUCUGCAAAACAUGCCGCAGCGGAGAGAAUCCUUCCUCUACAGGUCGGACUCGGAGUUUGAAAUGUCUCCUAAGUCCAUGUCUCGGCACUCCUCCAUUGCUAGUGAAGUUGGGCACGGAGAGGACCUAAUUGUGACCCCGUUUGCGCAGAUCCUAGCGAGUUUGCGCAGUGUGAGAAAUAAUUAUAUAACGCUAACUAAUGUACCUGCGCCUAGAUCUCGUAGAAACACUUCAACAUCUGCACUCAGCCUGAGCCAAGCCGCUCAGCUUCCUCCCGCGCACGCGCAUACAAACCUCAACGCGCACAAUCAACAAACAUAUCAUCCACCUAACAUCAACGAUGAGAACUUUCUCCGGGUAUCCCUGGACACCCUGGAGGAGCUGGACUGGUGCCUGGACCAACUGGAGACUAUUCAGACACAUAGGAGUGUAUCAGACAUGGCGUCUAGCAAGUUUAAACGGAUGCUGAACAAAGAACUCAGUCACUUCUCCGAGUCUAAAUCCGGAAACCAGAUAUCUGAAUAUAUCUGUAGCACCUUCUUAGAUAAACAGCAAGAGGUUGAUAUCAACAAUCUACGACUCUCUGAAGAUGAUAGUCAUCAACGCAGUAAAGGGAAUGGGCGGGGUAAGAUAGCUCCACCCCUGUCCCAGAUAUCUGGAGUUAAAAAACCCUUGGGACACACAAACAGCUUUAGCGGUAGUAAACUUCCUGAGUACGGAGUAGAGAGUAAACAUCCAGAGGACCUUGCACAGAUUAUGUCAAUUGAUUGUAUUCAGGAACGUGAGCUGAUGAAAACCUUCAAGAUCCCGGGGAAGGUUUUCAUCAACUUCCUGCAGACCCUGGAGGACCACUACAUCAGGGAUGUUCCAUAUCACAAUAGCAUACAUGCUGCUGACGUCACACAAUCUACCCAUGUUCUUCUAAACUCACCAGCUCUGGAGUCUGUCUUCACUCCACUGGAAGUAAUGUCUGCAAUAUUCGCGGCGGCAAUUCAUGAUGUUGACCAUCCUGGACUUACAAACCAGUUCCUCAUUAAUACUAGCUCAGAGUUAGCGCUGAUGUAUAAUGAUGAGAGCGUAUUGGAGAACCAUCAUCUAGCUGUAGCAUUCAAACUCCUCCAGAACCCAGACUGUGAUAUAUUCAUAAACCUCAACAAGAAACAGAGGCAAACUCUCAGAAAGAUGGUCAUAGACAUGGUUCUAGCCACUGACAUGUCUAAACACAUGAGCUUGUUAGCUGACCUUAAAACUAUGGUGGAAACUAAAAAAGUUGCUGGAAGUGGAGUUCUUUUAUUAGACAACUAUACAGAUAGAAUACAGGUUUUGCAGAAUAUGGUUCACUGUGCUGAUCUAUCCAACCCCACCAAACCCCUGGAUUUAUACAGACAGUGGUGUGAUAGGAUCAUGGAGGAGUUCUUCCAGCAGGGAGAUAAGGAGAGAGAGGCAGGGUUGGAUAUCUCUCCUAUGUGUGAUAGGUUCAAUGCAACCAUAGAGAAAUCUCAGGUCGGAUUCAUCGACUACAUUGUUCAUCCCUUGUGGGAGACCUGGGCUGAUCUAGUUCAUCCUGAUGCUCAGGAUAUCCUGGACGCUCUGGAGGAUAACAGGGACUGGUAUCAGUCACAGAUGCCCGUCAGUCCAUCCUCGUCCUCUAAUGACCUCAGGGAGGAGGACGAAGGACGAUGUGGGUCCCUUGAGGAUUCCCCAGAGGAGGAUGGAAAGUGUGUGAGGACGAGUGAGGAGGAGGGAGGAGAGGAUGAGAAUAGAACGGGAUUAGUUCAGCUCCAGGUUACGCUUCAAGAAGAGGAGGAGGAGGAGGACCAGGACGAGGAUGACGACGAACGGCACAAUCGGGAUGAAAACACAGGAAUGUAGUUUCUUCGCCAAACCGGGCAAUUGGGACAAAAUUACAUUUUACAUGCACAAAGCGUACAAAGGUGUGAAUAACCCGUACAUAUCGAUUGAAAAUGCAAGUCUAGAAGAAUCUGACGCUAGGAACAUUGUGAUCUAAAAUAUAGUUUAUAGAGUGGAGGAAUAUUAGAAAAUAGUCACGCAGCGGCCAAAAUAAUCAUUUAUGUCCCCCAACGUUCUUUCUCAAGUCGUGUCAAAACCUGCAGUAAGAAGAUACUGCAGGUAAUACCUGAAAUAAGAAGAUAAGCUACUGUAGCAAAGAAGAUUCUACUGUGUGAUAUGAAGAUACUGCGUGAUAUGAAGAUACUGCAGUAAGACAAGAAGAGACUGGCAUCGGAGAAAAAAGAGAUUACAUAAGGAAAGAUGCUGCAGUAAAUUUAAAAAGAGUGUCUCCAGUAUGAGAGAAAGAGACUGCAGUAAGAGAAGAAGAUGCAUCAGUAAGAAGAUAAAGUCCUAACGUAAAAGUAGAGACUACUGAAAGAAAAUGAAAUAAUGCAGUAAAAGAAAAUACAAAAUUGUGCUACCAGUAUUACAUACUGUACCAGUGUACAUACUGCAGUUUGCUGAGUCAAUCUUAUACUGUACAUAGUGUACAAUGUACAUACAAACAUAUAAAUAACCAAAGGAUUAAAACAUGGAAGGGGACUCUACGGUUCCGUUCAGUUCCGAUAUUCAUUGAAAAUCCAGUGUUUAUAUAUCCAGUUUCUGAUAUCCUGAUAUCCUGAUAUCCUGAUGUCCUGAUAUCCUGAUGUCCUGAUAUCCUGAUGUCCUGAUAUUCCAGAUUCUUCGUCCUUUCUCCUGUUAUCCUUAAUUUUUCGUUCUUUAGAUUCUUCUGUCUUUCUCCUAAAUAUUCUCGAUUCUUAGUCCUUGUCUUAUGAUUUUGUCCUUGUCUUAUGAUUUUGUCCUUGUCUUUUCUCCGAAUAUCCCUUGUCCUUGUCCUAUCUCCGUAUAUCCCUCGUCCUUUUACUAUCUCCUUAUAUCCCCUGUCCUAGUCCUAUCUUCGUAUAUCCUUCGUCCUUGUCCUAUCGUCUUAUAUCCCUCGUCCUUGUCCUAUCUUUUUAUAUUCCUCGUCCUUGUCCUCCUCAUAUCCUCUGUCCUUUUCCUUUCUCCUCAUAUACCUCUUCCUAUCCACAAAGAAAAGAAUGGAAUUGCUUAUUUUAAUUAUAGAAAUAUCAAAUCUUAUUAAAAUGUUCAAAAAAUAUCUAUUUAUUGUUGUAAUUAAUUCUUAACUAAGAACUUAUACAGAAAUUAGCUGAAUAUUUUUCUAAUCAAUGCAAACCUGUACAAACAAUUACACGCUUGUACAACGUGUAUGGUACAUGCUCCAGUGCUGUACAACUGCUAAUUGAUACAGGGAGGGUGUGAAUGUAUGUUAAAUACUACAGGGUGACAUUUUAUUACUAAUUUUACACGUGAUAUGUAAACCUGAUUGUUAAAACUCUAGAAUUAGGAGAUUUAAAUUAAGUAAAUUUGUUUUUUGUUUUCUUUUACACUGUAAACACUGCACUAUACUGAGCAAUUGUCUAAAUGUUCUGAACUGUGCUAAAGCGUACUGUAAUGAGCCAUAAUGUAAUGUACUGUGUUUGUACUGCACUGUACUUUUAUCUUUCGUGACAACUGCACAAUUGAUAUUUUUAAUAUAAGCAUAUUUUUUUGUAAAUAGAUGUAGAAAUAGUAAUUGUCAAACUAGCUGCAAAAUCUAAAUCUAGUAGAUUCAUUUCAAACUAGUAGAUUUCUACUUGGUAUUUUUCUAGCAAUUAGAUUUCAAGCUAGUAGAUUUCAUGCUAUAGUAGAUAUCAUGCUAGUAGAUUUCAUGCUACAAGGGCGUACACAAGUAUAAAUCUAGGGAGGGCAAACAAUUUUUUAGCGCCCCCCUCUCUAGGAACUCCUAGGGGGGGGGGG